GCGCUCGUCGUGGGCGCCACGCGUAUCACACACGCAUAUAACCUAAAACACACGUGAAUCCCAAAAGAACCGGUACCAUAACGUUGUGACACUCAAGUGUUCAGUGAUUAACUCGUCUACGAAAGACCAAAAGUGUUUACAGUGCUUACGAAUAAUGAAGGUUUUACUAGGAUUCUUGAAGUAGCAGCUGAAAGUGGCUGAACCAGUGGAUAUUGAUUGACGAAGUGACCUCUAGUGGUGGCGCUUAACUCGAAUUGUGUUAUGUAAAGAACGGACGACGUAAACAAAAUAUCAAUCAAGUGAUAAAUACUAAACAACUUUAGAAGUGAUUUCCAAAAUUCUUCCAAUAAGUAAAUUCUUGCGUUUAAAAGCUCAAAUAAUCUUCCAGCAAUCGAUUUCUCCUAAAUAUAUCACAAGCAUAAAUAUUUAAUAAACAAUAAUCAAUUUAGAAAAUUUUAUUACGAAAAUUCCAAAUAUAUUUUUUUUCUCUCUAAACUUAAAUUGUUUUAAGGUUGAACUUUUGAAUUCGGAGUCAAAGUGAAUUAAAAGAGAUAUCACGUAACCAAAGAAUGUAUCUUAUUUUCUAUGUAUAACAAUUAUUUAAGUCAGCGAUGCUCAAACUAACAGAUUCAAUAACUGUGUAAUUAGAGAAAAAUGCAAUAAUUAGAAAUUUGCUAUUUUUAACACAAAACAAAGCAGUGAUAUAAAGCAAUACUUAUCGGUUUUAUACAAACGUAUCUUCAAAAUAUAUGGUGUUAGAAAAAAAUAUUUUGUGCGAGGUUUUUUUGUGAAUAGUAAAUUUUAUUCAACAUAAUUAAUCCAAGAAGUGCAAUAUUAUAGGAUUGUGGAAAGAGUCAUUUUUAAUUUAAAAAUUAGUGUUUAUGUGAAUUAAUAAACCGAAGCCCCAAAUGUUGAUUCGAAGCAUUUCCAAAUCAAGCGUUGGUCAAAAACUAUAAUAAUAACAAUCUUGAUUAAUCAGGGGCAACUAAGUAAAAAAAUCAUUCACCGGUAGAGCAAAAUCAGGUCCCGGACUGACCAGUAAGGCAGUGAUUGUACAAAUUUGACUGAGACACAAAAACUGAAUUAUAAACCAGCAAACGCCAAAUACACUCUUAUUGGCUAAAAAAACACCUAAGUAACUAAAAUCCUAUCAAAUUGCAGCGUUUGACAGUCAACUUAAACGCCAGCGGCUCUAAAACUCCAAUCGACAGCCCCUACUGUAUUCAAUGAUACCCUGACAACUGAUUUUAAAUCUAAACUUUGCAACCGAACCGACUGAAUCCCUACCAAGCUGCAGCCUUCCACAAUCAAACUGAAAUCCAGCGCACCAAACUGCAGUCAUUAACGCGUAGAUUAAACACCAGCGGUUCUCAAACCUCAACCGACCGCCCCCCGCGUUCAAAACGACGCUGGAACACGCGGCCGCAUUCAAUGACGCCUUGGAGCCGAUAGCGGCGGGGGUCAAGCUGGCGGCCCCCGUGCGGUUGUGCGGCGGCUGGGAGCAGGCCGGGCCCGGGGUCGGGGCCGGGAUGGGGGCCGGCGCCGGGUACGUGCUCGACGGCUGCUCCGAUACGGCGCUGCUCCGACCGCCGCAGCCGCACUCCAGCCAGCUGGGGACCGUGUACGCUACUAAAAGGAGACGGAGAAAUGGGAAAAGUAUCAAACCCCAGUCGAAAGACGGUGUCACCAAGAGCAACCCCAGCAAGAGGCAUCGCGAGCGGCUCAACGCCGAGCUGGACACCCUGGCCUCCCUGCUGCCCUUUGAGCAGAACAUCCUCAGCAAGCUGGACCGUCUAUCCAUCCUGCGGCUGUCCGUCAGCUACCUGCGAACCAAAAGCUACUUCCAAGUUGUCAUGCACAAAGACAAAGAGGACAUCCACGGGCAUAGACGAGAGCACUCGCCGUACGACCACGCGAUGCCGGACGGAGAAAUGUUCCUUCAGGCCCUCAAUGGCUUCCUGAUGAUCCUCACGUGCGAAGGGGAGGUGUUCUUCGCGACGCACAGCAUCGAGAGUUACCUAGGCUUCCAUCAGUCGGAUAUAGUUCAUCAAUCGGUCUACGAGUUGGUGCACUCAGAAGACCGGGAAGAGCUACAGAGGCAGUUGCUUUGGAACUCGUUCCUGCCGCCAGAAGUGAGCAACCUGACGCUGCAGGACGUCCUCCGGCCGGAUCGGACCCAUCUGCUCGAGAGGAGUUUCACGGUCCGGUUUAGGUGUCUCCUUGACAACACAUCUGGUUUCUUGAGGCUAGACAUCCGGGGCCGGAUCAAAGUGCUACACGGGCAGAAUAAGAAGACGGAGGAGCCCCCUCUGGCACUGUUCGCGAUAUGCGCGCCCUUCGGCCCUCCGAGCUUGCUGGAGAUACCGCAGAAGGAAGUCAUGUUCAAGAGCAAGCACAAGCUCGACCUUUCUCUAGUCUCAAUGGAUCAAAGGGGUAAAAUGCUGUUAGGUUAUACUGACGCAGAGUUAGCAAAUAUGGGUGGCUAUGAUUUAGUACAUUAUGAUGAUUUGGCUUACGUCGCCAGCGCUCACCAAGAAUUAUUAAAAACAGGUGCUUCCGGGAUGAUUGCGUACCGCUUCCAGACGAAGGAGGGUCAGUGGCAAUGGCUGCAGACCUCCUCGCGGCUCGUCUACAAGAACUCCAAGCCGGAUUUCGUCAUCAGUACGCAUCGUCCCCUCAUGGAGGAGGAAGGUCGCGAUUUGCUCGGUAAAAGAACGAUGGACUUCAAAGUGAGCUACCUCGACACCGGCCUGACCAGCCUAUACUUCUCCGAGUCAGAACAAUUGUCCGGGUGCGAAACCAACGUCACCACCCCGCCUCGAGCGGCGAGACGAUACAAAACACAGCUUCGAGACUUCUUAUCUACGUGUAGAAACAAGAGAAGGGUUCCAACGACGCCUGCUCCUCCGCCGGUCGACUAUCUAGCCGCGGACGCAGUAGCUGCCGCUUAUACCAACUUAAACGGUGCCUACACCGCCCCUUACGGAGAAUACGCGCCUGCACCGACGCUUCACUACGCGCCGCCGCCUUUAGACGACAGAUUCCUAACAGCGGACAACCUAUUCCACCAAUACAAGCCUCUAUCCUAUCACUACACACCGUACGCGCCAAACGGGUUUCUAGAACCCGCGCCGCCUGGUUAUGAAGUGGCGCAGGCAUACCAUCGACCGCCAUCGAGGGAGUACGCUUACGUGGAAGGGGGAAGAUAUAUGAGUCCAGUGGGUCAGGAAAGGCGUUCACCAGGGACAGUAGCAGGGCCUAGUCCAGGCGGUUCUAGUGGGUCAGCGGAACCCCUGCCUCCGAUACCUCCAGUGCCUCCAGAUGCUCCUCGGCAGACGGUCCUCAUGUGGGGCGCGGGUGGUGCAGCGCAGGAGGUGCCGGUGGAGUACUCCCCGCCGCAGGUUUGGCGCUACCACCCCUCGCAUUACCACACGGCUGAGGCGACCCAGUGAACGCUUUAGCUUCCAUUUCGUUUCGUGCAAUUCUAGGGGCUCGAGGGGCGUGCGGGCGAUGUUAUGAGAAUUCAAAGACUCUGGCUCUUUAAAUCGAUAUAUCAUAAAAAAAGUUGGUCGUAUCAUGUUCGUUUGCGGCAUUAAAAUCUAUGAAGUUUAGAAUAGGAUUGGUAAAGAUAGAAACACGAUAUAGGGAAAGAAAACUUAUAGAAGGUACAAGUGCUGAUGAUCAUCGAUCAACUCCUUUUAUUGUCAGCAAAAUCUAAGUGAAAAUUGGUUUUAAAAACACUAUGAAUUGUUUUGGUAAGCAAAUCUCCUGAAGAGAAAGAUUAGGAAUGCUGCAAGAUGUAUAAGCAAACAGAGAUAAAUAAAAACAUUUCAAAGAAGGGAAGUAAAUAAAAGCUCAAUAUAUAGCCUAAAAUCGCUGCAAGUUUUAUUCGGUGAUUUGACAUCGUUCACACGCUGCGCGAGCCCCGAGUUGAUCCAAGAGUCAACCUGAUUCUAAAAGAGUUUGACUCCGGAUCACAUUAAUAGUUUUAUUUCAUUUACGUUUAGCGAACGCGACGAAGCGUUCGAUCCUAUACACUCGUUACCAGAUUUGAUUUUCUAAAAUCCUAAACUAUACCUCGCUCGGUGUUUUGUUUUUAGUAUACGACUACGUUGGACCUUCGUAGUGUUCGUUCUAGGUCCCGUUGAAACAGGGUCUUUCCAUGUUCUCCGAUGUAGAUAAUAGUUCUAUUUGUACAUUAUAAUGAUCGAGAAAUUCUAUCCAAAUAUUUUAAAAUGAUAGUCGAUUUAGGAUGUAAUCAUUAUACCUAGUUUUAUCACGCGAUGCAAUGUUACACUAUAGAAAUAGUAUUUGUAAAUAUAUCUUAUUUUCGAUAAGUAUAAAAGCUUUAGCUUAUUUUGAGUUUUGACGCUUAGUGAGUCCGCUUUUUUAUAAUGGAAUCAAAUUAAAUGAAGCGAAACCAAUACGUACUUUAUAAUAUUUAUAAAACUAGCUGUUUUUCUUUCAAAAACAAUUUUGAUAAUUUCACUGCCAAUAUUGUCAUACUUUUUGUUGGGAACAAACUGCAAAAUUAAGACAUUUUCAUUUAUUUUCACAUCACAAAAUGUUUUCCGAUAACAUUUAUUAAACAUAUCAGUUAGCACAUGUAAACACGAAGAAAGACCAUGGACGGAAACGACUUCUUCUUUUGCUUCCUUAUGCAUAUAAAUCAUUGAUACAUCUAAGCAGGUACAUUUUUUAUUAAUUCAAUAACCCCGAAUUUCCAUCUUCAGUAAAUUACUAAUCUAUAAGUAAAUAUGGACCACUAACAAAGCUCUAAGUGUUUCAGUUAUGGAUGAAUUUUGCAUUGUACGUAAUUUCGUCCAUGGUCCUUUACGAUAAAGUAAUGUAAUUAUUUUAAAAUAUAGACGGUUCCAUGAACCCGUUCAUUAUUUCAAUCAUUUGUUUCUGUUGCUAUAGAACUUCAAACGUGCAAAUAUGAACCAAGCUCGGAUAAAUCUUAAAAUUAGCAAUAGUGUCUUUUUUUAAUAAUAAUUUAGAAGAAAUAUUCUAUUAAAUAGCUUAAUACUUUUCAUGCUCGUUAGAUAUGACAAUUAAACCAUUUAUUACUUAGUUUGCUCAAAUACGAUCAUGGAGCCGUCUAGUUUGCACUGCCGAGUCAACGCAAGCAGCACAAAUUGUAAAUACACUUCGCGUGCCUUCAACACCUACCCCCUAGCCUUCCAUACAAUUGUUCAUAAAGUAAUUUAUUA